AUGGUUAGUCUGCGCUCUAAGAAAGCCACCACGGCUUCGGAAAUGGUCGUCGACGGAAAAACGGAGAAAGAUGCCUCUGGCAAUUCACCGAAUUCUGUUCUCAGUGAAGAGGAAAACUGUGAUGAAAAAGCUGCUACUGUUGUAAAGGAAGAUAUACUUGAAGCCAAAAACGGAGAUUCAUCUCUUAUUUCUGAAGUCAUGGCUCAGGAAGAAGAGCAGCUGCUCAAAAUUCGGGAAGAUGAAGAGAAAGCAAAAUGUGCUGAGUCUGGUGAAGCUCCUGAUUUGAAUGACACCCAGUUUAAUAAACUGGAUGAGCUCUUGACGCAAACCCAACUGUACUCUGAGUUUCUCCUUGAGAAAAUGGAGGAUAUCACAAAAAAUGGGAUUGAAGGUGAGAGCCAAAAGGCCGAGCCCCAGAAGAGUGGUCGUGGACGCAAGAGAAAGGCUACAUCCCAGUGCAACACAUCUAAGGCAAAGAGAGCUGUUGCUGCUAUGAUUUCAAGAUCUAAAGAAGGUGACGAAACUCCCAACUCAGAUCUGACAGAGGAAGAAAGAGUCUUGAAAGAGCAGAGCGAACUUGUUCCUCUUCUGACGGGUGGAAAGUUAAAGUCCUAUCAGCUCAAAGGUGUCAAAUGGCUGAUAUCAUUGUGGCAAAAUGGCUUGAAUGGGAUAUUAGCUGAUCAAAUGGGACUUGGAAAGACAAUUCAAACGAUUGGUUUUCUAUCACAUCUGAAAGGAAAUGGGUUGGAUGGUCCAUAUCUUGUAAUUGCUCCACUGUCUACUCUUUCAAAUUGGAUGAAUGAGAUUGCUAGGUUCACGCCCUCCAUUAAUGCAAUCAUCUACCAUGGAAAUCAGAAAGAAAGGGAUGAACUCAGGAGGAAGCACAUGCCCAAAACUGUCGGUCCGAAGUUCCCAAUAGUUAUCACUUCUUAUGAGGUUGCUAUGAAUGAUGCUAAAAGAAGUCUGCGGCACUAUCCAUGGAAAUAUGUUGUGAUUGAUGAGGGCCACAGGUUGAAAAACCACAAGUGUAAAUUGCUGAGGGAACUAAGAUACUUGAAAAUGGAGAACAAACUUCUGCUGACAGGAACACCUCUGCAAAAUAAUUUGUCUGAGCUUUGGUCACUGUUGAAUUUUAUUCUGCCUGACAUCUUUGCUUCACAUGAUGAAUUUGAAUCAUGGUUUGAUUUUUCUGGAAAGAACAAAAAUGAAGCGACUAAGGAAGAAGGAGAAGAGAAAAGAAGAGCUCAAGUUGUUGGGAAACUUCAUGGUAUACUGCGACCAUUCAUCCUUCGAAGAAUGAAGUGUGAUGUUGAGCUCUUGCUUCCAAGGAAAAAGGAAAUUAUUCUUUAUGCUACGAUGACGGCUCAUCAGAAAAAGUUCCAGGAACAUCUUGUGAAUCGCACGUUGGAAGCACACCUUGGAGAGAAUGCUGUCCGAGGCUGGAAGGGAAAGCUUAACAAUCUGUUUGUUCAACUUCGGAAGAACUGCAACCAUCCUGACCUUCUUGUGGGGCAAAUAGAUGGUUCAUAUCUCUAUCCUCCUAUUGAAGAUAUUGUUGGACAGUGCGGUAAAUUCCGCUUAUUGGAGAGAUUGCUUGUUCGGUUAUUUGCCAAAAAUCACAGAGUUCUAAUCUUCUCCCAGUGGACAAAACUUCUAGACAUUAUGGACUACUACUUCAGUGAGAAGGGGUUUGAGGUUUGCAGAAUUGAUGGCCAGGUGAAGCUGGAAGAAAGGAGAAGACAGAUCCAAGAGUUCAAUGAUGAGAAGAGCAGCCUUAGAAUAUUUCUUCUCAGUACAAGAGCUGGAGGACUCGGAAUCAAUCUUACUGCUGCUGAUACAUGCAUCCUCUACGACAGCGACUGGAACCCUCAAAUGGACUUGCAAGCCAUGGACAGAUGCCACAGAAUCGGUCAGACAAAACCUGUUCAUGUUUACAGGCUUGCGACGGCUCAGUCAAUAGAGGGCCGGAUUCUGAAACGAGCGUACAGUAAGCUCAAGCUGGAACAUGUGGUUAUUGGCAAAGGUCAGUUUCAUCAAGAACGUUCCAAGUCUUCAGCAUCACUAGAGGAGGAUGACAUAAUGGCGUUGCUUAAGGACGAUGAAACCGCUGAAGAUAAACUGAUACAAACCGAUAUAAGCGAAGAGGAUCUUGACCGGUUGCUUGACCGGAGUGACCUGAUGAUUACUACACCGGGAGAGACGGAACCAGAAGCUGGUGAAGCUUUUCCAGUGAAGGGUCCUGGUUGGGAAGUGGUCCUGCCUAGUUCUGCUGGAGGGAUGCUUUCUUCCCUCAACAGUUGA